AUAAGGUGCGGUGGGUGUGAGAUCAGUCAGUCCCAGCCCCAGAUGCUAUGGUGUACUGUAGAUUACAGUUGGGCUUUUUAGGCUUAAAAUGUGCUUCAAAGACAAGCCGUCUCUGUUUGUCAUCCUAGGUUUGAUCCACACUUACUACACUACACUGUCAUUGAAAGCAUCAGCGGAACCCUGCAAGUCAAAGAACAUUUCAGCAACAUAUCAGAACUGUGGGUUUCAUCCAGGUAAUGAAAAUGGAGUCCAUGGUUUAGACUGUUUUAUGAAACGUGAAUUACCAGGCGAGCAAUGGAUAUGUGUGUGGAAACCUGGAAGACACACAUCAGAAAACAUAUACACACUAAUUGUACAACAAGACAAAAAUUAUUGCAGAAGUUAUAGCAGUGUAAGAGGAAACUCUCAAAAGAUCAAAAUAUUUAAGACUAGGAACCUGACAGCCCAGGUUCUUGAAAACACAGAGUCAGAGAAUUGCACAAAAGACAUUUUCAGAGGUUCACCAAAGAGCCUGCUUCGCUGUGGUCCUCCAUAUAAUGCAACUUUUCGCUGGCGUUCUGGAAGGCUAUAUGUGAACGUGAACUGGCAACAGAAUGAAGAAAAACGAAUUCAGAAUUACACAGUGAGAUAUAAAGCAUUGGACAGCCUGCUAUGGAACGAGUCAUCAGUACAAUACCGAAAGGAGGAGGGGUGUACAGUGGAGGGCCUCAACUCAUCACUGGUCUACAUUCUACAAAUAAAGUGUGUCACAAAUAAAGAAUGCUCACAGUGCCCGUGGAGUGAAACACAUACUAUCCCACCAGAACUGACAGUACAGCCUGUUCUCACCAACCUUGAGGAGGCAGACAUUACAGAGGGUAAAGGUCGCCGGUUGCUGUCACUAAACUGGGAGUUUUCUGCAAAGAGGAUGCUUGAUGGCUUCUAUGUGACCAUUGGGAAAGCGUCAGGAGAACCCCCCACUAAGCGCAUGAACACCACUCGGCCACAAAUCAGAUUGAUUUUGUCAUAUUCAGCUUAUCACGUCAACAUUAGUGCCUUCAACAACGCCAGUAUCUCCCCAGGCUCAAGUUGGACAAUAAAGAACCGGGAAGACAAUCAAAGUUCAGAAGCUCAUCAGCUCAAUGUGACAGUUCAGAGCAAUACAUCUUUUACUGUCUACUGGAAAGAUCCCCUCGUCAAACAGUACGUCUGCUACUCUGUGGAGUGGACUAAGAAGGGACAUAAGGCAGCACACAGGUCCUUCUUUGAGAAUAUGAAAAAUUACAAGGAAUUGUCCGAUUUACCAGAGCCUUUGGAGCCUUACAAGAGGUACAGUCUAAGUCUGCACACAAGACCAAACAAAAACACCUGCAACAUGCAAUAUAUCAAUGGAAGCGAGGCCACCUAUGGGAGCACACAGUUCUAUUACAUGGAAGGAUUGCCGGUCAGCGCUCCUGCAAACAUCAGCAGCCACAGUGUGACAUUAAACUCUGCGGUGCUGCAGUGGUCGCCCAUCCCAGAGGAAGACGUCAGAGGUUUUCUACUGGGCUACAUAAUCCACUACACUGAGUACCAUGACCAGACAACUCACACUGAGACAAAUAUGACAGUAGCACCAGAGCUAAACAGCUAUGAACUGGGGGGCCUCAAAACCGGCACGGCUUAUCAGGUUCAGAUAUCAGGGUUCACGAGAGCAGGAUCAGGAGUACGAAGCAUCACAACCUUCUUUAAAACACAUCACCAAGCAUAUUUUAGUCAGUUAGGUGUUACUAUCAUCUUUGCUAUUCUGGCCAUUGUGCUGCUUUUUGCCUCUCCACUGUUAAAAAGAGUAAAAGCUGUUCUGUGGCCAAGCAUUCCUAACCCUGAAUACAGCAAAGCAAUGCAGAAACUAGAAAAGUCCUGUGAAUUGGAACUCCUGAAGGUGAUCAACACUUUGAAGGUGGAAGAGUAUGACACAAAUAGUCUACAAAUUAUUGAAAAAGAAGCUGCGAUCCCUGUUAGCGUAUUACCAUCAAUAUUACCGCUUCUCCACAACUCAGAAGAAGAAGAGGACGUACCAGAGGUAACUUGUGACGGGAUGCAAAGAGACUCAGAAGAUGCAACAGGAGACGGUGCUCCAGACAAUCCUGCAGACACACAACACACAGACCUAGAUAGAUCUCAGUUUGUCUUCACGUCUGGAUAUACGACAAUGGAGAUGUUCCAGCAGCAGGUGAUGCCUCAGACUGCUCAAACAGCUGCUCCUCAAGAUGUGGAAAGUGAACCGGAGAAAGUGACAGCCUGGACUGUGGUCAGACCAGGACUGGACUAUAUACAUCAGUUUAGUAUUGAUAGGCUAGUCUUGGAUCAUGAGGAUAUUUCCACUGUGUUAUGAGAGAAAUAACACUGGUCAACAACAAAUUUAUUGUUUAAGUUUUUUGAGCUGAUUUAGGAUCAUUUUGGUGUGCUGAAUCCAAAAAUCACAUUAAUUUUGCUCA